UACGAGAAUUCAUUCAGAGGUGACACACAAAACCAACACACAUAUCUAGAAGGGGAAUUAAAGUUUUCGUCAAACUGCGGGCUGCGAAUGUUAUCGAAUUGAAAAAUAUCGUCUGGAAUUGUGGUUCAUUUGUGUGAGCAAGUGAUUGGUUCAAUCAACUUCAGUUAGGUGAAUUUGAUUACUGCUAAAUUGCAACCGUUCUCGAUAGAUUGUGAGCGAUAAAUCGCCUCUGUUUCCACCCGGAGCGACGGGGCAGAAAUUAGCCAACCCGUCGAUAAGUGCACAAUCAAAACAGACACCCAGCCAGCAAAAGCACAGUGAAAGAAUAUGCCCCAAACACCAAUCAACUCCCUGGACGAGCAGGACAAACUGCUGAGCGAUGCCAUAACGGUGGUGCGCUCGCAAGCAUUCCAGAUGAAGCGCUUCCUGGACAAGGGUCGGCUGAUGGAAGCGAUGCGCUGUGCGUCGACAAUGCUCGGCGAGUUGCGCACCUCGUUGCUUUCCCCCAAGAGCUACUACGAACUAUACAUGGCGAUCACGGAUGAGCUGCGGCAUUUCGAACACUACCUGCUGGAUGAGUUCCAGAAGGGCCGCAAGGUGCCGGAUCUGUACGAGCACGUGCAGUACGCGGGUAACAUUGUGCCCCGGCUGUAUCUGCUGAUCACCGUUGGGUUAGUGUACAUUAAAACAAACUCAUCGCUGAAAAGAAGCAUUUUGAAGGAUCUCGUUGAAAUGUGUCGCGGAGUUCAGCACCCGCUGCGUGGUCUGUUCCUACGGAACUAUCUCCUGCAGUGCACGAGAAAUAUCUUGCCCGAUGCGUUGAGUACCACCGACGAGAACGAGGGAACCGUCAUCGAUGCGAUCGAUUUCGUUCUCACCAAUUUCGCCGAAAUGAACAAGCUUUGGGUUCGCAUCCAGCACCAGGGACAUUCCAGUGAACGAGCAAGGCGUGAAAAGGAACGUGAAGAGCUGAAGAUUCUUGUGGGAACGAAUUUGGUACGAUUGUCCCAGCUCGAGUCGGCCAGUCUGGAAGUUUAUCAACGAUUGAUUCUGCCGGGUAUUUUGGAACAAGUCGUCAGCUGCCGCGAUGCAAUUGCCCAGGAAUAUCUGAUGGAGUGCAUUAUUCAGGUGUUCCCUGACGAGUUUCAUCUGCUAACGUUGGAUCCAUUUCUCAAGUCCUGUGCCCAACUGCAGUCAGGGGUGAACGUAAAGAACAUCAUAAUCUCGUUGAUUGACCGUUUGGCGCUGUACAACCAACGUAAUGGGAUCUCUCAAACGACCACCGGAACGGAACCCAUCUCAGCUAUCCCGCCGGAGGUACAACUUUUCGAAGUAUUCAGUGUACAGAUUGCGUAUAUCGUGCAGCUUCGAACGGAUAUGGCUCUGGAAGACACUGUUUCGCUGCAGGUGGCCCUCGUUAGUCUUGCCCAAAAGGUUUACCCUGAUCGGGUUGAUUACGUGGAUAAGGUUUUGGAGACGACAUCACAGAUUUUCGAUCGGCUCAACAUGUCCAAGUAUUGCAUUUCACAUUCCCUCUCGGUGAACCAGGAGCUAUCCCGUCUGCUGCGGCUCUGCGUGGACUUCUACAACAAUGUGCUUACGAUUCUCCAGCUGCAGUACUUCACCCCACUGCUGGAGAAGUUCGACUACACCUCCCGGAAGGCUCUCUCGCUGUACAUCGUUAUGAACGUGUUGGAAAAUGAGAUACUUAUUCCCACAGCGGAACAUGCAGACAGCGUGCUGACAAUGAUCUCGCCGUUGAUUCGUGACCAAGACGAUCAGCCGGCGGAUAAGGUCGAUCUCGAGGACUUUGCCGAGGAGCAGGGAAUUGUUGGUCGCUUCGUUCAUUUGCUGCGAUCGGAUGAUCCGGAUACUCAGUACAAAAUCCUGACCGCUGCCAGGAAGCAUUUUGGGCUCGGUGGUCAGCAGAGGAUACGCUACGUAUUGCCACCGCUGGUGUUUCAAGCGUACCAGCUGGCUUACAAGUACAAAUCGAUCGCAGCAGAGGAUGAGAUGUGGGAUAAGAAGUGCCAGAAAAUACUGCAAUUCUGUCACAGCACAAUAGCCGUGCUAGCAAAGUCGGAGUUGCCGGAAUUGGCCCUGCGGCUGUAUCUGCAGGGCGCCCUCUGCAUUGGACAGAUUGCCUACACGAAUCAUGAGACGGUGGCGUAUGAUUUUAUGACGCAGGCAUUUUCACUUUACGAGGACGAAAUCUCCGAUUCCAAGUCGCAGUUUGCCGCCAUCACUUUGAUCGUGUCUACGGUGGAACAGAUGUCCUGCUUUUCAGAGGAAAACGCCGAACCCCUGCGUACAAAUUGUGCACUCGCUGCAUCGAAACUGUUGAAGAAACCCGAUCAGUGUCGGGCGGUGGUUACCUGCGCCAGCUUGUUCUGGAGUGGAAAACAGAGCGGCAACGAGCUACGCGAUGAAAAGCGCACUCUCGAGUGCUUGAAGAAGGCCGCGAAGAUUGCAUCCCAAUGUCUGGAUGUGGGAGUACAAGUACAGCUGUAUGUUGAACUACUCAACCAUUAUCUAUUCUACUACGAGCGAGGGAAUACACAGAUCACUGUGUCGAUGUUAAAUCAGUUAAUCGCAAAGAUAAACGAGGAACUCCCGAAUCUCGAACCGACAGAGGAGACAAAACAAAUCGAGAUGCACUAUCAGAACACUCUGGCACACAUCCGAAGUCGGAUGGAGGCCAACGAUAGUGGUCUAGAAAUUUCGUUCGCUGGGAUAACACUGAACUAGGGGGGAGGCAUGGCGGUCGAGUCCUAUCAUGUACUCGAGAGAUCGGUUUAUAUUAUCGCUUACAAAUUCGAAUAUCUAUAGGAGUUUUUAGUAAUGGGUUACACUAAAAACACUAAACACUAAAAAAAAGAGCUAAAAGUUGAAUAAUUGUUUAUCGUGAACACCGCAAGGAAAAGUUAAACGACGAGAAACUGAAAAAAAAAUAAAGGCAUUGGUCUAAUUUUUGAGAAGGUAUAUCUAGUAUCAAAUAUACAUGUAUUAGGAACUAAGCUGCAGUUAAUAAACAUAGCACUGAUUUGCAAGCAUCGUAAAACGAUCAUCGCAUCUAA